AUGGCGAACAUCGACCAAGUGGCCGGCCAGUUCAUCGACUUUUACUACCAAACCUUUGAUACCAACCGAGGGGGGCUUGCAUCCCUUUACCGUGAUAGCUCUAUGCUUUCUUUCGAGGGCUCCCAAAUCCUUGGAACGACCGCCAUCGUCGAGAAACUCACCAGUCUGCCAUUCGAGAAGGUCCAGCACAAAGUAACCACCAAAGAUGCCCAACCGUCUUCAGGGACCGUCGCUAGCCUUCUUGUGAGCGUGACUGGACUGUUAGUGGUGGAUGAUAGCCCAAAUCCUCUGCAAUUCAGUCAAGUCUUUCACUUGCUUCCUGAGGGCGGCACAUACUACGUCUUCAACGAUAUAUUCCGCCUCAACUAUGCGUAA